AUGAUGACUUGCGACUCAUGCACAGAUUGUCCUGUACCGAUGAAACGUUUCCGCAGUGGUCAGGUGGACUGGACGGAAGAUGCGGAACAGCCUCCUCAUACAGCGGAGUGCGUCUGUCGCGUGCGAAGACUGCGACAAUCUCGCCGGACCGCAGUGUCCAACUCCUCCUUGUUCACGCUGAGUCUGAGCCGGCCCCAUCUCAAAAGACAGCCCCGCAUCAACAUGGACGAAGUUGCCAUCGGACGACCCGGUGUGGUUUCGGCCAUGGAUGUUCACGAGCUGUUUGCACUUCUCAGCAAACGAGAUGACGUGCUUCUCAUAGAUUCUAGGAUCUUCAUCGAUUACAACACGAGUCACAUCACGCGAUCCGUGAACGUGGCCAACUCGAAAAUCAUGAAGCGGCGUCUCGAGCAGGAUCGCGUGUCUGUGCGAGAUCUUCUAGUCAGUAAUUGUGAUCCGGAUUCCUACUGUUGGGCCGUAGUGUACGACGGCAACACCAAGAGUCUCCAACAGGUCGCCACCGAUUCAUUCACCGCUGUCCUGCUCGAUAGGCUAUCGUUCGUUUUCGAGCGCGUCUCCUUCCUCAACGGCGGUUUCAGUGAAUUCCAGAGCUCCUAUCCGCAUCAGUGCGAGGACAAGCAGAGACCGUGCGCGCCUCUCGCUUCCGCGCUGUCUCAACCUUGUAUGCCCAUAACGAACGUGGGUCCGACCCGGAUCCUGCCGUUCCUAUACCUGGGCUCCCAGACCGAUGCACAUAACCGCCAAGUACUCUGGGAUCACAACAUCACCUACGUUCUGAACGUCUCGGCGACAUGCCCGAAGGCGGACUUCAUUUCUGAAACUCAGUUUAUGCGUAUCGCGGUCAAUGACAACUACAGCGAAAAGCUCAUGCCACAUUUCGGUAAAGCAUUCCAUUUCCUGGACCGCGUUCGUGAAUCGAGCGGAUGCGUUCUGGUUCAUUGCUUGGCCGGAAUCUCGCGCUCUCCGACGAUUGCGAUAGCUUACGUCAUGAAGCAUCUCAGAAUGUCCUCUGACGACGCCUAUAGGUAUGUGAAGUCCAAACGACCGACCAUAUCUCCGAACUUCAACUUCCUCGGCCAGCUCCUUGAGUACGAAAGGCAGUUGCGGUGUGAGAAAGUUCUAGAAGCCGCACCCGACAUCUGCUCCUCAGCACCUGCGCUGCCCUCGUUACCCUACUGCAGUUCGAACGAAAGCGGCAGAGAACGAGAGGCGCCACUUGUCAGUCAAAAGAAACAACGGCUUUCGAGAUUACCGAUCUUGCCGAGGCAGCUCACGCUCAGUCUCAAACGCCCGAUGGAAACCGUUAAAGCCUCGCCUCCGGACGGCAACAGUCCGGCAAGCGGAGCGAUCUCACCGACCACGGGCAUCGCCAGACUGAACUUCGGCGGUAGCCAGGAGAACUUGUCAGUGCCCGAACCCACGCGUCCUUUCGACGUCGCUCGGUCCCUGAGCUGCAAUCUGGACUGGUUGGGCUCGCACGAAGACGAGAACUUGCCACCGCCCGAAGCAGAGGGUUCUGCCACGGAUCGGACCUCGGACAUCGGCGAUUUUGCGUCGAGUUCUUCAUCGUCAUCGUUGGCGAAACGGAAAGAGAAUCCCUUGAAGCUCUGCAAAACGCUGAGCGGAGCUUCGCUGAGACGCCACCUGUUGCGCUCCGACUCCGUAUCGACCUGCGGAACAAGCGGCUACGGGUCUCAAAUCUCUGAACAGGUCGACCAUCUGGACGACGAAUCGAUGUCGGACGCUGAGGACGCGGUCGUAUUGCGCACCGCGGCGCCCGGUGGCCACAAAGUACACUCGAAAGUUUCGCGUCACGACAGCGCCUACCGCUCGAUGACGUUCGAGGAGGGCCUCACGACCGGAUCCAGGGAGAGCUGUUCUACGGAAAGAUCCUCGAGAACCACGUCGAUCCCUCUAGAAAGCCCUCUGAGUCCAUCGGAGCAGCACCUUCUCCACGAUUUCGACGAAGAGCCGCCCGUUCUCCGCGUGGCUCUGGGAAGCAGCAGCAGCAGCAUGACGUCGAGCACCAAGUCCCGAUUCGAUGCCGCGGGAUUCAGCGACUCGUGGAAAAGCUCGAACACGACCGAGUUCGAAUCGAGUCACGACUCGGGCUUCAUGUCGUCGAUGACAUCCUCACGCAGCAGUUUGACAUCGUCCAUGCGCUCGUCGUGCGCCAUGAGCACGUCGGCGUCAUCCAAAGGAUUCAAGGAGGUGCUCUGUUCGAGCGCGGCGUUUUUCCGCGUCCGCUGUGAUAUGUCUCACAAGUUGGAAGAGCAAGAGCAAGACGAAGCUGUGCAUCAAGCAUCAUCCUCAUCGACCACAUCUUCAUUGCAAGUCGCCAAGCGAGUCGGAGACUCUUCCGUCCCACAGGCUCCGUUGCUCCGGACCAAGAGUCUUCCCGGUCUCGAUGCUUUCAAGCUCAUUGAAGGGGGAGAUAGCACCGGCAGCAACACAGAGCCGCCGUUCGGUAAAUCACGGAACCGACACUCGUAUUCAGGCCCCGCAGAUCUCAAUCGAGAAUCGACUGCGCCGUCAGCAGCAUCCAAUCAGAGUAUGAGCAUAGCAGUCAAUUGAAUGCUGAUGGAGGCAACGAUGACGAUGAUAGUUAUGAUAUUAAUAAUAAUGAUGAAAUGCCUCGACCUCCCGCGUACGAGGAACUC